UGCAGCUGCACACAACUCAGAAAAAAAGCUAGUGGAGGAGGUGGUAUCACAGCGCAGAGAGCUGAGGCUGGUUUGUUGUCGGGAGCAAAAAGUUCAUCUGUUAGUGUCUUUCUUGGCGUUUUGCGUUUACUCGGAAUUUGACAGAUUUGGCGAACAAGUUUGGAGAAAUGUAGGGACUUCUCGGCUGUCGGUGUCGUUGCUUACGAUGGAGGAACUUGGAGAAACAAGAGAGUUUGAGAUGUCCCUGUCAGACGGUGGGUCGGACGACGACAUCCCCUUAACGCUGCCCGCAGAUGGCAGCCACAGUGGGAGCAUCCGAAAGGGUUGUGAUCCUUUUGCUCAGACACAGCGCAGUAAACUGCAGCAUCGACGAGCUCGUAUCAAUCAGCAGAUCAACAAGGAGAUGCGCAUGAGAGCUGGAGCGGAGAACCUGUUCAGGGCGACAACCAACAACAAGGUAAAGGAGACAGUGGCUCUGGAGCUCAGCUUUGUCAAUUCCAAUCUGCAGUUGCUCAAAGAAGAGCUGGAGGAACUUAACAGCAACAUGGAGGCCUACCAGACAGACAGUGAAGCUGUCAACGUUCCCAUGAUCCCACUCGGCUUAAAAGAAACCAAAGAGGUGGACUUCACUGUUUCUGUCCAGGACUUCAUCUGUGAGCACUACGGAGAGGACAGCUCUCUCUACAACAAGGAGAUCAAAGAGCUUAUUGAGCUCAGACAGGCCAUGCGUACACCCAGCCGUAACCAGGCCGGCCUGGAGCUACUGAUGGAGUACUACAACCAGCUAUACUACCUGGACCAGCGCUUCUUCCCUGCUCACAGAAAUCUGGGUGUUCAGUUCCACUGGUAUGACUCUCUGACGGGUGUUCCGUCAUGUCAGCGUGCGUUGGCCUUUGAGAAGGGAAGUGUGUUAUUUAACAUCGGAGCUCUGUACACGCAGAUUGGAGCACGGCAGGACCGCUCUGCAGCAUGUGGCAUAGACCGAGCUAUAGACGCCUUUCAGCGAGCUGCAGGUGCAUUUAAUUACCUGAAAGAGAAUUUCUCCAAUGCUCCAAGUCUGGACAUGAGUUGCCCGUCACUCUGCAUGCUGGUCCGACUAAUGAUUGCCCAGGUGCAGGAGUGUGUGUUUGAGCGCGUCACACUCACCACACAGGACACACACUUUACCUCCCAACUCCGCCUGGCACAAGAGGCCGCACGAGUGUCAGAUGUUUACUUGUUGGUGCAGCAGACCAUGACACAGCCUCUGAUGAAGGACUACGUACCAUUUUCAUGGGCGUCCAUGGUUCAGGUCAAAUCUGAACACUUCCGUGCACUCUCACAUUACUAUGCCGCUGUUGCACUCUGUGAUCAUGUGUUGUCUGCUGAAGGGCAAGACUGUGAUGAGGAAGCAGAGAAGGCCUACCUUCAAUUUUAUGUCAACGUUCCUGCAGGGCCACCGCUCUGCCAGAUUCUACGAGAUCCUGAAAAAAGACGAAAGCUUGGUAAAGCCCAUCUGCGGCGUGCAGUAAUCAGACAUGAGGAGGCCAUGCGUGUCCACAGUCUGUGUAAGAUCCUCAGGAAGAUGGAUAUCCUGCAGGAUGUGCUAUCUCUCACACACAAAUGCUCCUUGGAUAAAUACUCAGAGCUGGAUCGAGAGGAUGACUUUGAUGAAACUGCAGAGGCCCCAGAGAUUCAAUCUCAUACCCACUGGAAACCAGACAUCACGCCACCCAACUUCUCUACAGUCCAGGUUACUGACAUCUUUCAAAGACUGGGGCCUCUGUCGGUGUUUUGCGCGAGAGCUCGCUGGGGCCCAGUGCGUUUGAUCUGCCUCCAGAGAAGAGAAGGUGGCCUGGGUCUUACACUCAGAGGAGACUCCCCUGUCUUGGUGGCUGGAGUCGUACCUGGAGGCUGUGCAGAGGAGGCAGGACUAAGGGAAGGAGACUACAUUGUGGCAGUGGACGGACAGGACUGUAAGUGGGCCAAGCAUGGUGAGGUGGUCCACAUGCUGAAGAGCUGCAGUGACAGAGGGGUGGAGAUCAGUGUGGUUACGUUACACUCACACGAUACACAGCAGAUGGAGAGGAGGGCCAUAGUGCCAUCUCACGGCAGCGAUAAGGAAAAUACUCGGCAGCGUCUGCUGAGCGGGGCUAAGGGCCAGAGCUCCGCCUCCUUGUUGAACUGGAACAGGAAGAAAAAGCGAGAAGGCAGCGGGGUCACCAAGAGAAUAGGAAGCACUUUCAGUUUGUCGUUUGGAAGCAUCCGAGACACUGAGGCCAUGUACUGAGACAUGACUGCAGAGGAACCUCUCAGGGAAUCACAGCAGUGGAGCACAUGGUACAGUUAGGAAAGAAGAAACACAGCCUCCACUGUUGGUAGAGGAGGGUGAUAAUGCAGAAUUCUGGCAAAAAAAAAACAUGUUUGCACAACCCAAUGUAUCUGACAGCUGUGGAGGCACAUAUACCAAGUAGUAUACCUUGUGGCAGAUGUGAACUUUACAAGGAUUAUAAAACAGCUUUCUCAAAGGAGUACAAACUGCUGUGCACUGCCUCAGAGUCUAAAAGGUGUGUUCAGACGGAGUGUGGGGCAACAUUUAUUCAGUCUUGCCACAUCUAAAGUAAAGUAUACACUGAACAAUAAUUGAGGACAAUUUUCUGACGUGGGUACGAAGAAAGGUUUACACAAGAUCAGUACUCAGAAUAACAGCACAAAAAUGAAACAGGAGGGAGGCUGGAGGGAAAUAACAGAGCUGACAUCUUUUGAGUUCAGUUGAAUGCAAACACACUGCAACGUAAUUUCAAUUAUUACAAUUUCAUUUUCAGCAAACAACACAAGGUUGUUGUAGUUGCUUCUAUUCUUCUACUACCUACUGUCUGUACAGUAGCAUUUCUGGUGAAGCCACCUUAAAAUGGGAACUUCUUGCUUUCUUCUGCUGAUGCUGUGUGGCGACAGGCUCCCACUCACAACCUGUUGUACUUUCUGAUGUAGCUCUGUUGUUCGUUAGACCUCACUGUAAAACAGGGAGAUAUGGACCAUCAAAAUAAUAUUGAAUAUUGCUAUGAAACUUAGCUUUUUCAGCUCACAAAUGUGACUCAUAUUAAAAGUCAUAGUAGCUCGUUACUUUGUUCAUUAACCCAGGGCUAACAGUGAGGCCACAGUUAAGAGUUCACAUGUGAAAAAAAAAAGAGUGCAGCAUUAAAUGUUGAGCUCUGACAGGAUUUCAGGCAUUUUUGUUAUUUUUCUGUAAUCUGGAUUCAAACUUAGAAUCUCAAUCCAGUGUUUUGGAGACAGUCCUGAUUGAAAAUUAAAUUCAUCAGUAAACACAUAGCAGUCACUCUUUAUUGAUUAAGAUUAACAUACAGCAGGGGCCUACCAACCAAAUUGACAAACCUGGAUGUGAGUACGUUCACAUAUGAGGCACAAUGUUGGCACCAGAUGAGCAGUUGUAACAUUUACAGGUCUAGAGCUGUAACUGUGGUGGUGUUAAAUGGUCGUGGGAGCAACUACAGAACAAAUAUUACAUUUUAUUUAAACCGGUAAGUAGACUUACUGCUUAGAAUGUUACAUUGCUAUACGAAGGCCUAUAGAAGAAUAAAAUUAUUUUGAAUUUGCUUUUUGUCAACAGAAAAAAACAAAGCAAGAACGACUGGAGUCUCUUCACGGUCAUAUCUGUGCUCAUUAGAGAAAGAAGAGUUUAGAUGCUAGAAACUGUUGCCUUCCUAAAAAGCCCUCUCACUGUUCAGGCACUGACUGGUCAGUAGGUGUUGUUGUUUAUUCACGUUGAAAUGUCAUCUCAAACAGAACCUGCUCCAGAGCAGGUGAGGUGUGUAGCAUGUGUUACCAUGGCGAUAUAUCCUGGUGUGAAGUAGAGCACCACUGUAGCCCUAAAAGCAAAAGUUAAACAUGAAGUUACCUCGACAACCUUGAAUCCCGCUUCAUUCUGUAGACCUCUGGUAUCCUAUGCAUUUGAAAGAGCACAGCUAGUUUGACACGCCACCUUUGUAUUUUCUGAUGUCAGUGAUUUAAAAAAAGCAGACGUGUUUUUACUUUCUACAAUUUCAUUUAGCAGACGCUUUUGUCCAAAGCGACGUACAACACAAGCAAGAAAUUGGGCCUCACCCUCCGUUUAACGUUCAUUUUUUGUGUUUAGUUUCCUAAUUUGUAGAUGAUUACAAGCACUUGACAAGUUUGAUCUAAUGUUUUGUAAUGUAGUUUAUUAUGCACUGUGAUACAUCCUUUGUUAAUAAUUCAGUUUUUGAUGUAGCGAUGAUGAACGUGAUGGUGAGCGAUUGUGUAUGUUGGAAGUAAAAUGUGAUACUGAGCAAGUGUGCAAGUAAAGGGCUUCUCCGUUUUCUUGCAAUAUCGCUGUGAUGUUGUUGAUGUCUGGGAACAGUGCAGAUUGUCUGAGUCCAGUCACUGUACUCUGUGUUAGUCAGCCAAUGCUAGAGUCUGUAGCUGAGGAUGUUGGUUGUUUAUUUUAACAACGUGUGAACUUUUUGUAAGAUUUUGAUACAUCCAGAAUUGUAGCACAGAGAUGUCGGUUUCACCUAAAAAUGAUUCCUGUGUAUGUUGCCAUGGCCUGCGUGUGUUUUGGAUUGAUUUGUAUAAUGUUUGGGCCAUGGUGGUCCGUAGUCAUGAGUACAGAAACACAGAGUUUGUCUAUUUGCUUCCUGCACUUACCACAAUAUGUAGUGUUUACAAGAACAUUUUUACAAUAUCAAAUUAAAAACCCAAAAGGACUUUUUUUUUUUCAUUUGAAGGAAUCAAAGCUUGUCAAAAACCCCUAAAACCUUUGCUAAUGUCCUUUGCGUCUCUACUCUGUGUCUAUGUGAGUGAAUAUUUGGCACCACUGUGUCUGAAUAUCUGAUUAUCUGUAAUGACUCUACAGUGCGGUUCAAAGAUCUUAGGCAAAACAUUAGGUUUAUGGUUUUAGCAAGGUUUUUAAUGAGCAUGCAUAUUUGAUUCUGUCUCUUAAUUAAGAUACAAGAAAAUACAGCAAAUAUAAAUACAAAUCUCGACAAAGAGGCUUCUAUAGGCUAAAAUCAGUUCUUAGUGUGACUUCCCUUUGCACUGAACACAUCUUAAACUGCCUUUGGUCAACUGUCACGAAGUGUAUUCAAGAAAUCUUGUGGUGUAUUAUAGAAAGUGUCUGUCAGUGCUUCUCUGGUGGUUUCUUGGCUGCUGCUCUUCCACAGAGGUCCCUCCUUAUCUAACCUUUCCAUGUAGAAAGGUCUCAGUAUCCAGAUGAAGAUGCCAGAUGUGGAACAAAUCUUUUUAAAAAAAAAUUAAAAAAAAGAUUAUAUUCCUGUCAAAUUGUGUAAUUUUUUGGCAUUUUCCAUGAAAUGAUUGAGACUUUAAAUAUUAACUUCAAACUUCAAAAUUGUAUUUAUUUGUAUAUAAAUACAAUUAAAAAUAGAAAUAAAAAUAUAAAACCCAACUCUCCACCCACACGCAAAAGCUCAACAUUAAAAAACAUGGAUUUAGACCUAACCUAGAAUCCUACAACCAUAACCAACCAAUCAGAAACGUUUGACAUGUCCUGACUGAAAAUUGGUGCAGUGAAUCUUAUAUUUUCUGUCCAAAGUAGUUCAUGUAGAUGCAUUAAGUGCAAAUGGAGGUCACACUCAAUACUGACUUUAGCCUGUUAUGUGUUUUAUUCUGAAAUGUUUGUGUCUUAUUUGCAUAAAGAUACAACCGGAUAAUACUGCAAAGACUGAAAGAUGCAUAUGUGUGUUUCACUGUAACAUUGCUAGAACACAAAAAGUGAUGGUGGCCCUAACAAUUUAGCACAACACUGUAUUUGGGGAUUUGCACACUGUCUUUUUCAUGUACAAAUACAAUAAAAGUAAGAACUACUGUCAA